CAGGCUUCAAUGUGUCAAAUUGGAAAAAUCUCAAAACACCCCCCCCACACACACACACGGGUACUUAUUGGCAAACAGACAACCAUACGAUAAUCACGAACCUAAUGGAAAUUAUACAGAAAAGGAAAAGAAGAUAAUGACCAGAGAAAUUUAUAGCAUAACACCGCUAUUUUUUUGUUUCAUUUUCAAGUUAUAUUCAGAGAAACAUUUCAGACAAAAAAGAAAUGGCGAUGAUGGAGAAGGGGCGAAUCUGCGUGACGGGUGCUGGUGGCUUCCUCGCCGCUUGGGUCGUUAAGCUUCUUCUCUCUAACGACUUCAUCGUCCAUGGCACUGUUAGAGAACCCGGUGAUCCAAAAUAUGCCCAUUUGAAGAAUCUAGAGAAAGCACCAGAAAAUCUUAGACUCUUCAAGGCAGACUUGCUGAAUUACGAAUCUCUUCAUUCAGCCAUCACAGGAUGCACUGGUGUCUUCCAUGUUGCCUCUCCUGUUCCGUCUAUUGUUGUUCCAAAUCCUGAGGAAGUGCUUGAACCAGCUGUAAAGGGUACACUCAAUGUACUUCAAGUGUGCAGGGAAGCAAAAGUUAAACGAGUUGUCUUUGUGUCCUCUGUUGCCGCAGUUUCCAUGAACCCUAGAUGGCCAAAAGAUAAAGUGAAAGAUGAAACAUGCUGGUCUGACAAGGAAUACUGCCGGACAACGAAGAACUGGUAUUGUCUUUCAAAAACAGAAGCAGAAAUGGAGGCUUUUGAGUUUGCAAAGAGAAGUGGGCUUGAUGUUGUUACAGUUUGCCCUACUAUCAUUUGGGGGCCACUUCUGCAGCCCACAGUAAAUGCCAGUAGCUUGAUUCUCAUCAAGCUUUUGAGAGAAGGGUUCGAGUCAAAGGACAACAGACUCCUGAGAAUUGUGGAUGCACGUGAUGUAGCAGAAGCAGUGCUUUUGUUAUACGAGAAGCCUGAGGCUGAAGGAAGAUACAUAUGCACGGCACAUGCGAUCAAAAUGAGGGAUCUGGUUGAUAAACUGAAGAGUUUAUUUCCUCACUACAAGUAUCCUAAAAGCUUCACGGAGGUGGCGGAGGAGGAAGGUUUGUUGAGUUCAGUGAAGUUGCAGAAUUUGGGUUGGAAAUACCGGGAAUUGGAGGAAACUCUAGUGGAUUCCGUCAAGAGCUACCAAAAUGGUGGGAUAUUGGAUUAGAAGAGAAAUUGUUGGUAAUUUUAUGUUAUCAGCUUGUGGUCCUUGGCGGGCCUUGGAGUUUAUGGGUUACAAACAGCAUAGUUGAUAAUACACUAUCAGUAGACUUGUUUCCAAACAGGUUUUAAACUUUAGUUAGUAGUGCUUUUUAUUUGGGUACUCCAAAGCUGCUACUCCGAUUUUUGUUGUUACAGAAGCUAAAAGUUUGUAAGUUUUUAAUGAUUGUUGUUGAGA